AUGGCUUCCUCCGAUGUUGACGAAAAGUAUCCUCCGCUGACUUACUAUCCCGACAGAUACUGCGAGACCUGCCGGAGACUCGACAAGACGGAGAUGAAACCAAAGCCCGACGACGAAGAGUAUCUAUUUGAUGAUGAAACUUUCUGCGACGAAACCCUAAGGCUACAUGUCAUCAACUACCGGAGGAACCAGUAUACGAGGAGUUAUUUUGAUAUUGAUUGCCCUCCAAAUUAUGGCGGCGUUGGUGGGCAACCACACCCUGGAAAGCAUCAUGCGAACGAUGAAAAAUUUCGAAAGACGGUUCAGGAAUGUGCUAGGUUCGGGGUGGACAAAUAUAACAAAGAAACCAAGGUGAAGGGGAUUGAUUUGGAGUUGGUGGAAGUUGAGAAUGUUACUGCUGAAGGUCCGCAUUGGAGGAGAUUUUACAUGACUCUCGCCUGCCUCAAUCGGGUUAAUGGUAAGCGGAAAUGGAUCUCUGAAGCUGGUGGUGGGGAUACUACUAGUGAUGACUGUGUGGUUCAGAGCUACAAAGUUGUGGUUUCCUGUUGCUAUUGGAAAACGGAGCUGAAGAAGAUGCUGCUCUUCAACGACCCAAAUGGGAAACAUUUGUGGCAGCCGGCGGAUCCGUUUUGCGACCGAGUUAGCCAGCCAUAUUAUGGGGACAAAGUUGCUCUAGCUGGUGAUGGUUCAUUGAUGGUAGUCCGAUCUUCGGAGAAUAAAGCUCAGAGAUAG